GCAGAUGAGAGAUGGAAGAAGGAGCAGAGAACGUUCACACGUUACUUCUGCAUUACAUGUUGCAACAGACUGAAAGCAGGAAAUAGAUGAUGUCUCUGUGAGACCACAGAGAGGAGGACGUGACGAGGAGGACGUGACGAGGAGGACGAGGAGAACGAGACGGGGAGGACGAGACGAGGAGGACGAGACGAGGAGGUCGAGACGAGGAGGACGAGGAGAACGAGACGAGGAGGACGAGACGAGGAGGUGCACCACAGAGGAUCGGGGGAACCUCUGCGAGAGACCAGAGAGUAAACGAGGAGACCAGAAGGAGAAGGAGACGGAACAAGAAGAGGUGAAUGAGAAGGGCUGAAGGAGGUAAAGAAGAGCAGGACAGGAGGAGUGAGGAAAAAGAGGAAGAGGAGUUGAGAGGGGACUUUAACCAAGAGGAAGCAGAAAGUCAGAGAGGAGGUGAAUAGACAGAAGACACGGGAGGAGCAGGAGGAGGAGGAGUUGAGGAAAGUGGAGCACAAAGAGGAGCUGCAGCGUCGUCAUGGAGGAGGACAUCAGGAAACAGGGGACGCUGUACCUGCAGCAGCAGAAGUUUGGAAAGAAGUGGAAGCGUAUCUGGUGCGUCCUGUUCAGAGAAAGUUCCUGUUCGAUUGCCAGACUGGAGUUCUUUGAUUGUAAAGGAGUCACUGCUGAGAAAAGUCGCAAGCAGCAAGAAAACAAGAAGGUGAUCCGUUUGUCUGACUGUAUCCGGGUGUCGGAGGUGGAGAUGGACGGAUGUCCCAGAGACACGGAACCCUUUCUGAUCGAGACCUCCGAGAAGAUCUACGUCUUCUCUGCAGACCGACUGCAGCUGGAAGACUGGACACACAAACUGUGUGAGAUUGCCUUCCCUAUGAACUGGACAGAAGCUGGAGGGAGGAGAAGCAGCCUGUUGAGAGGAAGAGGAGCGGAUGAAGAGGCAGGAAUGGAGGACAACUCUCUGUACAGCGGCAGAGAGAAAGUGCGUGACUUCAGAGUGUCUGUUCGGAGGACGGAGGCGUCAGAUCGCUGCAGACUGAAAGGAGACGGAUUCCUGCGAGCGGACGUGGACGCUCUGCUCCUGCUGAAGAAGACCGGAGACAUCGUGUCCACCUGGCCAUACAGGUACCUGAGGCGCUUUGGACAGGACAAGUCCACGUUUUCCUUCGAGGCCGGGCGGAGGUGCGACUCCGGCGAGGGCAGCUUUGAGUUCGACACCAAACAGGGGAACUUCCUGUUUCAGGCCGUGGAAGCUGCCAUCAACCUGCAGCGGAUCUCCUUCCCCCAGAGGCAGACCUCCUGCCAGACGAGUCCAGAGACCCCCCAAGACAAGACCUCGCCCCCCCUGCCCCUCAACCCACCCCUGGUCCAGAGCAGGACGCCACCGCUGCCUCAACUCCGCGGCCAUGUCCCACAAUCCCCUGCUGCUCAGAAAGCUGACGGUGUUUACAGCAUGGUGACUCACAGAGACUCCACUCCUUCACAACAACAACAACAACAACAACAACAGCGCCUACAGCUGGCUCGUCCGGAGCCUUCGGUGGACAAGCUGCUGACGGGCGUGAGGAGUUUGACUCUGGACCCUCGCGGCGUCCCCCGUAAGAACCAGGUGAAGAGCAUCUCCAGCUGCCCGCUCCCCCACGCCGAGCCGCCCGAGCCCCCCGGCUCCGGCCACGACUCGAACCCGGACCGGACGCACGCCCGGACCGCCCCCCCGGAGCCAGAGUACUCCCUCCCCUUCGACACCAUCGCCACCACCUUCGUGUCCGACAUCCUGGACUCCCGUCGGGCCCUCGGGGCCGAGGCCGCCGACCCGCUCUACGACAGCAUCGACGAGAUGAAGAUCAGAAACGUCUUGGCGGACGGGAAGACGCAGCACAUCUACGACGAGCCCGAAGGCUGCGCCGCCCCGCAACCCCCCACCGCCGUGUACGACGACCCCGAGGAGGUGAGGGGGGGCGCGUGGAGGCUCAUGGCGGCCGACCCGAAAGGUCACGAGUACCCCUACGACCCCCGGGUGGACGACUAUGCCGUCCCCAAAAGGGCCCAGAGGGUACUUCCUGUUACACAAAGCACCAACGAAGAAAAAGACGGGGAGGAGGAGCCACAGGAGGAAGAUCAGGAGGAGCGCCGUGAUUCACCGUACAGCAACGUGAGGAUGAAGAUGGUGUGACCAGAGACUAGACCAGAGACCAGGGACCAGGGACCAGGGACCAGGGACCAGGGACCACAGACCAGAGACCAGAGACCAGGGACCAGGGACCAGGGAC